CACGCUCGUCUUCUCCGCCGCUUAUAAUAGCGUUUUCUUGGUCCCUUGGAGUCUCCUCACUCCUCCUCAGUGUUGAAGAAGAAGUGAAGGAAAUCCGAAAUCUCUUGCUGAAAUGGCGGCCCUUCCCUUUUCUACACUGGCGAACUCCAGCUCCCCCUCAUUCCCCCGAAAUCUCUCUCCAAUCAAGGCUUCUAGCUCUGUGUUUUCGUAUCCGAAGCUUAGGGGAUCCAAUUCGUCCUACUCGCUCUCGCCUUUAUCUCCAGCCUCAUUAAACCUAACAAACUUGUCCAAUUGCUCCGUUCGAAUCAAAUCCGGCCGCUCACUUGCUCCUGUUCAAGCCAUUUCUCAGGUCCAGGUUGCUGAACCACAAGCAAAAGUGACUACCAAAGUUUAUCUUGACAUAAGCGUAGGGAGUCCCGUGGGAAAGCCUGCUGGGAGAAUUGUGAUUGGAUUGUACGGAGAUGUGGUUCCAGAAACAUCAGAGAAUUUCCGCGCUCUAUGCACAGGAGAGAAAGGAUUUGGCUUCAAAAACUCGAGUUUUCAUCGUGUUAUUAAGGACUUCAUGAUUCAAGGAGGAGACUUUGAUAAAGGAAAUGGAACUGGUGGUAAAAGCAUAUAUGGCCGGACAUUUAAAGAUGAAAACUUUGACUUGACUCAUGUUGGACCUGGAGUUGUGAGCAUGGCAAAUGCGGGCCCCAACACAAAUGGAAGCCAGUUCUUCAUAUGCACCGUCAAGACACCAUGGUUGGAUAAGAGACAUGUUGUGUUUGGGCAAGUUAUUGAGGGCAUGGAUGUGGUGAAGCUGAUUGAAUCGCUGGAAACGGACCGGGGGGAUCGCCCCACGAAGAAAGUGAUCAUCAGUGAUUGUGGUGAACUACUGUAAGCUACUAGAUUUUCUCCUCUUCAGAUGUUAUGACAUUUUUAGCCCCAGCGCGUAGUAAUGGAAUACUCUUCCCAUCAAUUGAUUGUUCAUGGAAAGCAUGUCCUUUUUUUGUGUUGUUUCCAAGAGACCAAGAUUGUGUUGUGAAUGAAACUCGCAUUUCACGAUGAGAAAUUAAGCAAUUUGUCUUAC